AUGAAUCCAUCUUCACCGAGCUCCCCACAAAGCUCCCCACCCCCAAACCAACAGACAUCAAGCACCCUCAGUCACCGCCCAAGUCCGCGCCAAACCCCAAGCUCAGGAACACCACCCGGCAACACAAGCAAUGCACCGAUCCCAGACGAUGAACAUGGCGCUGACUUGCCCAUGAACAUGACGGCAUCUGUCAUGUUGACCAACUUACCCCGCGAUGCGCACCGGGCACUCGCCGAUGUGGAGAGGAUUGAUUCAGGGAAAGUCACUGUGCGCUUCCAGCCUCUGCCAUCAGCUCCCAUUCUCAAGAAUCGCGUGUUCAAGGUGAGCGCAUCGCAGAAAUUUGAAACGGUGGUCAAAUUUCUGCGGAAGAAACUUGAUUGCAAGGAUACAGAUUCUGUUUUCUGUUACGUCAACAGCGUCUUUGCGCCCGGGUUGGAUGAGGACGUAUACCAAUGA